CCAUACCUAAUCAUUUCUUCUGCUCAUUUCUUCUCCUUUUCGUUCCCUUUUUAAAUUCCCUCCCCCUCUUCACACCACUUAUAUACUGUAACUAACAUUGCUAAUUAGAGACGCGCGCCGUCUCGUCUUGAUUAAGUGGCGGCGACAUGCGGCUUCACUUGCCCUCCCUCUUUUCCCUCACUCUCGCCCUCUUCGCCAUUGUUGGCGCCGAGGAUCCUUACAGGUUCUUCAACUGGAAUGUCACUUAUGGAGACAUCUAUCCCCUCGGUGUUCGCCAAACGGGAAUACUUAUCAAUGGGCAGUUCCCAGGUCCAGAUAUUCACUCUGUCACCAAUGACAAUCUCAUUAUCAACGUCUUCAACAGUUUGGACGAGCCCUUUCUUCUCUCCUGGAGCGGGGUUCAACAGAGAAGGAAUUCAUACGAAGAUGGAGUAUUGGGAACAACGUGUCCCAUACCACCGGGGAAGAACUUCACAUAUAUUCUUCAAGUGAAGGAUCAGAUUGGGAGCUUUUAUUACUUCCCAUCUCUUGCAUUCCACAAAGCGGCUGGUGGUUUUGGAGGCCUUAGGAUCCUGAGCAGGCCAAGAAUUCCAGUCCCAUUCCCUGAUCCGGCCGGGGAUUACACUGUCCUCAUUGGAGAUUGGCACAAGUCCAACCACACGGCAUUGAAGGACCAUCUCGACACUGGCAAGAAGCUGCCUUUUCCUGACGGAAUUCUCAUCAACGGGCGUGGACCUAACGGAGCUUCCUUCAACGUGGAACAAGGAAAGACUUACAGACUUAGAAUAUCAAACGUGGGGUUGGAAAAUUCGCUCAACUUUCGCAUACAGAAUCACAAAAUGAAGUUGGUUGAAGUGGAAGGGACACACACCCUUCAAACAACAUACUCCUCUCUCGACGUUCACGUGGGCCAAUCUUACUCAGUUCUAGUUACGGCGGAUCAACCGGCUCGGGACUACUACAUUGUGGUUUCCACUCGAUUUACCUCUCAAGUCCUCACCACCACCGGAGUUCUUCGAUACAGCAACUCUGCAGGCCCAGUAUCUGGCCCAAUUCCCGGUGGACCUACCAUCCAAGUUGACUGGUCCUUGAACCAGGCUCGUUCCAUCAGGACUAACCUGACAGCUAGCGGUCCAAGGCCAAACCCACAAGGAUCCUACCAUUACGGUCUAAUAAACACAACCAGAACCAUCAUACUUUCGAGUUCAGCUGGUCAAGUGAACGGCAAACAAAGAUACGCAAUUAACAGUGUAUCUUAUGUUGCCCCGGACACCCCUCUGAAACUCGCCGAUUACUUCAAAAUCCCAGGCGUUUUCCGUGUGGGGAGUAUAUCUGACAGACCCACUGGUGGUGGCAUAUACCUUGAUGCAUCUGUUAUGCAAGCUGACUACAGAGCAUUCAUCGAGAUCGUCUUCCAAAACGGCGAGGACAUCAUUCAGAGCUAUCAUCUUGAUGGCUACUCUUUCUUCGUGGUUGGUAUGGACGGAGGACAAUGGACCUCUGCUAGCAGAAACGAAUACAAUCUCCGAGAUGCAGUUGCACGUUGCACAGCUCAGGUAUAUCCCAAGUCUUGGACUGCUAUAUAUGUUGCGCUUGACAAUGUCGGAAUGUGGAACUUGAGGUCUGAGUUUUGGGCAAGGCAAUACCUUGGCCAACAGUUCUAUUUGCGCGUUUAUACAGCAUCAACCUCUCUCAGGGACGAGUUUCCUAUUCCAAAGAAUGCUCUGCUCUGUGGUAAGGCGAGUGGGAGACAUACGCGCCCCCUUUGAGGUAACCAAUUCUCAUAAAAGGAUCCACAUGCCACGUUGGGCCAGAUAAGCGGUUCUAGUUUUGGCAUCUCAAGUUACGUAUUCGCUUAUAAUUUUUUUUUUUUUUUUGCUGCUUAUCCUAAUUUAUUAUGCUCGGGUUCAAAUGACGAGUUAUGUAUAAUUAGCUUAAAUGACCCCAGCUCGAGGUCGCCAAUUCUUUCCAUGAAGAACAUUCUAUUCCCUUUGUAAUUGCUCGAGUUUUGCUGUUAUGAACUUCGCAGAAUCUCAAGCUGUCGUUCGGCAAUUGCGCUCUGCGUGCUAAAUUUUGUUUCAUAUGGGCUUCAGUGAGUCUCGUGUCGCAUUAAUCAAGGACAAAUUUUUUCAACGUCUUCUGAA